AUGGCAAAAGUUACGUGGAAGGACGUGAUUUGCUGCUGGCCCAAGCUGCUCACCGGCCGAGCGUGCUGCUUUUGGAAUGUGGUUUGCUGCCCCUUUGUCCUUUGCAUUUGGGCCUGUAGCAUCUACUGCUGUGGCUGCGUACGAGUGUACUUGAACCGCGGGCUUUACAAGUUCUGCUGCUGCCUUUGCCGAGCCUUCAACUGCUGCUGGAUGUACAAAGACAAGGACUUCCCUCCAGAAGACAGCUCUUUGGGAGAUGUCAAGGGGGACUCUGCAGCGGGCGAUCGGAACGAAGGACAAAAGUUUGCGGGAAAGGUGCAUUGGAGGAGGUGUAUCCAGUUUCCAUUGACCGAGGACGACAAGGGCAAGAAACGGAAAGUGCAGCUCUUCGGCGAUGACGUGGACAGCAGGGACAUUUGCCAAGGUGGGCUUGGCGACUGCUGGCUCCUGGCCGCGAUCGCCUGCCUGGCGGAGCACGAGGGAGCCAUCGAGGCAGUCUUCAGGAGACAAAGGAGGUGA